CCAGGAUGGCAUGUUGACUCUCCCCAAGGAUGUGGGCAGGGUGCUAAGCUCACUGACCUUGUGAGAGCAGAAGAUCUGGACCCUGAACUCAAAGUACUCAGACCCCGAGACUCCCACCCACCACUCCACCUGCAAGCUUUGCCAUGGCCACCCAGAAUGGAAACACUAGUUUUGCACCCAACUUCAAUCUGCCCCAAGACCAUGCCUCCUCCCUCCCCUUCAACUUCAGUUAUGGUGAUUACGACUUCCCUCUGGAUGAGGAUGAGGACAUGACCAAGACACGGACCUUCUUCGCAGCCAAGAUCAUCAUUGGUGUGGCACUGGCAGGCAUCAUGCUAGUUUGUGGCAUUGGCAACUUUGUCUUUAUUGUUGCUCUUGCCCGCUAUAAGAAGCUUCGCAACCUCACCAAUCUGCUCAUUGCUAACCUGGCCAUCUCUGACUUCCUGGUAGCCAUUGUCUGCUGCCCCUUUGAGAUGGACUACUAUGUGGUACGCCAGCUCUCCUGGGAGCAUGGCCACGUGCUCUGUGCCUCUGUCAACUACCUGCGUACUAUGUCACUCUAUGUCUCCACCAAUGCUCUGCUGGCCAUUGCUAUUGACAGAUAUCUUGCUAUCGUUCACCCCUUGAAACCACGGAUGAAUUUUCAAAAGGCCUUCUUCCUGACCGCUUUGGUCUGGAUGGUGUCCAUUCUCAUCGCCAUCCCAUCUGCCUACUUUGCAACAGAAACAGUUCUCUUUAACGUCAAAAAACAGAAGAAGAUCUUCUGCGGCCAGAUCUGGCCAGUAGACCAGCAGCUCUACUAUAAGUCCUACUUCCUCUUCAUCUUCGGCAUCGAGUUUGUGGGGCCGGUGGUCACCAUGACCCUGUGCUACACCAGGAUCUCAAGGGAACUCUGGUUCAAGGAAGUUCCUGGUUUCCAGACGGAGCAGAUCCGGAAGCGGCUGCGCUGUCGCCGGAAGACGGUUCUGGUGCUCAUGUGCAUCCUCACCGCCUAUGUGCUGUGCUGGGCACCCUUCUACGGCUUCGCCAUCGUGCGCGACUUUUUCCCCACGGUGUUCGUUAAGGAGAAGCACUACCUCACGGCUUUCUACGUCGUGGAGUGCAUUGCCAUGAGCAACAGCAUGAUCAACACUGUGUGCUUUGUGACCGUCAAGAACAAGACCAUGAAGUACUUCAAGAAGAUGAUGCAGCUCCAUUGGCGCCCCUCCCACCACGGAAGCAAGUCCAGCGCGGACCUCGACCUCAGAAACAGCGGCAUGCCAGCCACAGAAGAGGUGGACUGUAUCAGGCUGAAGUGACCCUUUGGUGUUUCACAAUUGAAAAUCCAAAAGCCAGAACACAGAGCAAAAUUUACCAAUAGCCAAGUUCGCUGGCUGCAUGUGGAAAGGGCAACUGUGUUCAUGCCUCACUGCCCUCAAGCUGCCGGAUGAUUCUCAGUCAUAACAUCAGACCACACACAAACCACAGCAGCUGACCUUUGCUGAUAUCUGCUCGGCACCUGCUGUAUACACAACCACGCCAAUAAGACUAGACUGAAGUAACAGCAACUGACAUUGAACAUCUGUGUGCAAACCCACCAAUGAGAUUAGACAAGGGCAACAAGAGCUGACAUUUAUUGAUUGCCUACUGUGUACAAAAAUUCAGAUAACAAAACAAAAUAGCAGAAGCUAUUGGAAUCACUAGCUAUAUCUAGAUAUAUAGAUGGUCAGGUAGAGACCACGAAUUGUUAUCUGGACUCACUCCAUCUUCCUUCAUUCUGUAUCUCAUAAGUGCAGAAAUGUCAAAGGCAAUAAGAUAAGGCACUUAAGCAUGAUGAAAAUGUAAAACUAAGUUUGUCAGUGUAUGGGGUUUAUGGCCCCAUGAGAAUGGAGUUCAUGCCAUCACAUUGAGCUUUCCCACUCAGUUCAUACUACCUCCCUAGGACAUUCCCUAGGAUUCUGGCUGCCAAAAAAAA